UACAUCAGCCAAACGAAUAAGCCUUUCUUGGCAGUUAUGCAGUCAACUACGCAACGCAAACUUGAUCUCUCAAUAAAUAUAAGAGAGAUUCACCUGAAGGCUAAAGAUUCAUGUUCGCACUAUAUCACGCCAGGAGACGUUCGUAGAAGAGCUCGGCUUAGCCGGCGAUCGACAAUGGCUGCAACUCACGGUCCUGCCAGCAUUCCCCAGGACCAGGAGUCCCGGCCGUCGCCGGCGCAGCGCCCUAACGACGCCUUUGCCGCUGUGCUAGGCAUCGGCACGGCAAACCCGGCGAACUGCCUACGCCAGGACGAGUACGCCGACUGGUACUUCCGUGUCACCAAGAGCGACCACCUCACCACGCUCAACAACAAACUGAAGAGAAUAUGUGAGAAAUCGGGCAUCAAGAAGCGCCAUUUCCACUUCACGGCGCAGACGACCGCCGACCACCCGGAGUUCCUGGACCGCCGCGGCGUGCCGUCGCUGGACGGACGGCUGGGCAUCACGCAGGACGCCGUGCCGGAGCUGGCCGCGGCGGCGGCGGCGAGGGCGAUUGCGGAGUGGGGUCGCCCGGCCACCGACAUCACGCACCUCGUGGUGACCACGAACUCCGGCGCCCACGCGCCGGGCGCCGACCUCCGCCUUGCCGCGCUCCUCGGCCUGCGCCCGACGGUGCAGCGCACGCUGCUGUACCUCCAUGGCUGCUUCGGCGGCUGCAGCGCGCUCCGGGUCGCCAAGGACCUCGCCGAGAACAACCGCGGCGCGCGGGUGCUUGUUGCCAGCAGCGAGGUCAGCACGCUGUUAGCCUUCGGCGGCCCGGACGAGGACCACCUCGACGCCCUGCUCGCCACGGCGCUGUUCGGCGACGGUGCCGGCGCGGCCGUGAUCGGCGUCGGCGACGGCGACCCGACGCCGGUCGAGCGCCCCAUCUUUUACAUGGUGUCCGCUUCUCAGGCAACGUUGCCAGGGACAGAGCGUGCCCUGUAUAUGCAGCUCGGGAGAAGCGGCUUGGACCUCGGCAUAUCUGCCGAGGUCCCGGCGCUUCUCCGUGGCACCAUCAAGGGGUGCGUGGCGGACAUGCUGGCGCCACUCGGCCUCCCGGUCGUUCCAGGUGCCGGCUGGAAUGGCGUAUUCUGGGCUGUGCACCCCGGCGGCCGUGCCAUCUUGGACAGCUGCGAGGCCGCGCUGGGGCUGGAGGCCGGCAAGCUGGCGGCCUCCCGGCACGUGCUGAGCGAGUACGGCAACAUGCUCGGCUCGACGAUCUUCUUUGUUCUCGACGAGGUACGGCGCCGGCGACAAGAGGGUGACUGCGAGUGGGGACUCACGCUGGGGAUCGGUCCGGGGGUCACCGUCGAGAUGAUGGUAUUGCAAUCCGCUAGCAGCCAAGACUAAAAAUGCUAGUUCUAUCAAUCGUACAUGUGGUGUCCUAAGCAUCCAUGUGGGUUCCAUAUGCUACAAUUUUAUAAAUAAUCCGAAAAUGUACCACGUACAAGCCUUGUGUCCGGCGAAGCGUAUUGAAGUGCUGUCAUAUGUGGAGGCACUCAAUCUUAGAAAAGUAUUCAGUGUAAUAACCACUGCUUCGGUGAAAUAGUAAAAAUUCAUA